AUGUCGGUCUGCUACGGUUCCCCGGGGAACGAGACGCUGCUGAGCUGGAAGACCUCGCGGGUCACAGGCACGGCCUUCCUGCUGCUGGCGGCGCUGCUGGGGCUGCCUGGCAACGGCUUCGUGGUGUGGAGCUUGGCGGGCUGGCGGCCCGCACGGGGGCGACCGCUGGCGGCCACGCUCGUGCUGCACCUGGCGCUGGCCGACGGCUCGGUGCUGCUGCUCACGCCGCUCUUCAUGACCUUCCUGACCCGGCAGGCCUGGCCGCUGGGCCAGGCGGGCUGCAAGGCCGUGUACUACGUGUGCGCGCUCAGCAUGUACGCCAGCGUGCUGCUCACCGGCCUGCUCAGCCUGCAGCGCUGCCUCGCCGUCACUCGCCCCUUCCUGGCGCCCCGGCUGCGCAGCCCGGCCCUGGCCCGCCGCCUGCUGCUGGCCGUCUGGCUGGCCGCCCUGGUGCUCGCCAGCCCGGCCGCCGUCUACCGCCACCUCUGGGCGGGCCGCGUGUGCCAGCUGUGCCACCCGUCGCCCGCCCACGCCGCCGCCCACCUGAGCCUGGAGACCCUGACCGCCUUCGUGCUGCCCUUCGGGCUGGUGCUUGGCUGCUACGGCCUGACGCUGGCGCGGCUGCGGGGCACCCGCUGGGGCGCCAGGCGGCACGGGGCGCGGGUGGGCCGGCUGGUGGGCGCCAUCGUGCUGGCCUUUGGCUUGCUCUGGGCCCCCUACCACGCUGUCAACGUGCUGCAGGCGCUCGCCGCGCUGGCUCCGCCCGAAGGAGCCUUGGCGAGGCUGGGCGGGGCGGGCCAGGCGGCGCGAGCCGGAACCACGGCUCUGGCCUUCUUCAGCUCCAGCGUCAACCCGCUGCUCUACCUCUUCACCGCCGGGGAUCUACUGCCCCGGGCGGGUCCCCGCUUCCUCACGCGGCUCUUUGAGGGCUCCGGAGAGGCCCGAUGGGGCGGCCAGCCUAGGGUGGGGGCCAUGGAGCUCCGAGCUACUCCUCGGCUCAAAGUGCUGGGGCAGGGCCGCGGCAAUGGAGACCCUGGGGGCGGGGCGGAGAGGGACAGUCAGGGAUGAGACCCUUGA